AUGACCACUCCACCAACAACACCACUCUUCAAACUUUCAAUUGAGAUAAUUUAUUGUAUAUUUGAUUAUUUGACAAGCACUGAACAAUUGAAAUUCGCAUUGUCAUGUUCAUGUAUAUAUCGCGUGUUUAGAAUUUAUUAUUUGGGUUUUUAUUCGCCAAAGUGGGAAGAAGUUCAAUGGACGAAUAAAAGAAACAAGUCUGAAGAGACUGUUUCAAUGACAGCAACCGCAGAAAUUACAACCCAGCAGCACUAUCACUCGCCAAACUACUCCUCGUUACAACCACCUCCCUCUCCUCCACCACAAGUCUACCGCACAACAGUACUUCUAAACGACAAACUCUAUCUUCCAUUCUUAUCUCCAGACUUGCCAUAUUGUUACGUUCUAUCCCUUUCUGCUUCACCUUCACAAUGGAUUCCGUACCCGCUUUCUAUACAUCCAGCCUCCAACUUGCUCUAUACACCACUUUUAAAUACUGCCGCAACAGUUGCAAACAAGAAGAUAUACUUGUUUGGUGGGGAAACUUACAGCGGGAAUGUCAGCAACAUAUUAUAUGAAAUAAACGUUGAAAAAAUGGAGAUUAAAGUUGUUGAAGCAGGAGGAGUAAUUCCGGGAGGGAGGUGUAUGCACACUAUCCAAGCAGUUUCCGAGAAGUGGCUGGCAGUUUUUGGGGGGCGACGUAUAGCAUAUGAAAAUAAUGGGGAUGAUUGUGUUAUGGCUAACGAUAAUGGGUCAAUAUAUUACGACACGAAAGAUUUCUAUCUAUUCUAUAUUCCACAUUCUACAUGGAUGUUCCCAACAACUUUCUCGACGCCAUAUCCACGGUCGUAUCACGCCUGUACUGCUAUUGAUUCAGCAUUAUACAUAUACGGCGGACAACAAUUGACAUUUGCGACUGAAUCUAGACGAGCAGGGGACGAUCACAUACAAUGUGGAUCUGUAAGCAAGGUUGAACGCGCUGCCUAUGAAUGCUUGAAAAAUAGCGUACACGAUGAUGAGGAUUUAUGGUGUUUUCGAAUUCCUGAUUUCUUACCGGAUUCAUCUUCCUCAUCUUUGUCUAUUCUACACUCUGGCAUCACAAACGGCAACGCGACCACGAAAACGAGCGUAACUUCAGAGCAACAUUCCCAUUCAUCCAACACUAUUGACCAGUCUUCUGUUUCUGCAAUAUCUUAUUGGGAAAAACACGUAUCACCACGUGCAAACGGCUUUUUUUUUACAUAUAUCGGAAAACGGCAAGAAUGGGUUAUGACGAGAGGAGAAGCAGUGGGAAGAUAUUGUGGCGCAGCAAUGGUGGGAAUGACAAGACGGUUAAUUCUCUUUGGCGGAUGGGAUAAAGAUCGAUGGAAUUUGGAUGAAAAUACGAGUACGGCUAGAAGGAAAAGGCUCAGCGGCGGCUUUAUAAACGGCACGCAGUCAAGCGAAUUAUCAUUGCAAUAUCCCCGGAUGGAUCAAUCGCUGCAUUCUACACAGCCUCCAUCACAGUCUCGGUCUCGGUCUCAUUCAUAUUUGCCUUUAUUCAACGAUCAUCUGCCAAUCCCCGAUGUAUCCUCCCCAAAACGUACAUAUAACACAACCAAGCCUUGGGAAUUUCUCAAAAUUUACCUGUUCGAGAGGAAUUAUUGGAUACAUUUGCAUGUCAAGAAUCUGCCCGAAAUGGAAUGUGUAGCGCUCAUAUCUGACAAUUUCGCUCAAACGAAUAGUUUGUUCGUUGUAGGCCGCACAAGGGAUGCAAGCAAUCGUAUUACUAUGGGAUGGAUUAAGGAUGAAUGA